AUGACACAGGUCCAACACCUAUUGCAAGGAGGACCAGCUCAGAUCUUUCUCCACAGCAAUGGUACUCUCACAACAACACGUACCGAAAACAAAGGCAUUGACUAUGGCCACAUAGGCCAGGUUAUUCACGACAUCCUCACGAAAAAAGUCUCACAGGGGCGCACAACAAUCCAUGCCGACGGUCCCGUUCGGUCGAGAAAGGGCACGCCCAUCAGAAACGGGACCGUGAUCUAA